GCUAACGCUGCUUGUGGCCGGCAGAGAGGCGGGAUCCGGGCUCGGCUCGCGGCUGUCACCCCCGCCCGGCAAUGGGGAAUGGACUCUCGGAGCAGGCGCCGCUGCUGUCCAGCCUGCCCUCCUUCCAGUGCUUCCACAUCGUCAUCCUGGGCCUCGACUCGGCCGGCAAGACCACGGUGCUCUACCGGCUGCAGUUCAACGAGUUCGUCAACACYGUGCCCACGAAGGGCUUCAACACGGAGAAGAUCAAGGUGACGCUGGGCAACUCCAAGACGGUCACGUUCCACUUCUGGGAUGUGGGCGGCCAGGAGAAGCUGCGGCCGCUCUGGAAGUCGUACACCCGCUGCACCGACGGCAUCGUGUUCGUGGUGGACUCYGUCGACGUCGAGAGGAUGGAGGAGGCCAAAACGGAACUGCACAAGAUCACUAGGAUAUCGGAAAAUCAAGGAGUGCCUGUGCUUAUAGUGGCUAACAAGCAGGACUUGAGGAACUCGCUGUCUCUCACCGAGAUCGAGAAGAUGCUGGCCAUGAGCGAGCUGAGCUCGUCCACGCCGUGGCAUUUGCAGCCUACGUGCGCGAUCAUUGGGGACGGGCUCAAAGAGGGACUGGAGAAGUUACAUGAUAUGAUAAUUAAGCGAAGGAAAAUGUUGAGACAGCAGAAAAAGAAGAGAUGAGUUUCGUGCCGACCUUCCUCUCCCAGAGUAGCCACACGGUCAAGAUUUGACGUGAGACAGCUUCCAAACCCGGGCCUGCCUGCGUGGAUGCCGUUAAGCUUAGUUAUGUUAAACACUCGGUUGCACAACCUGGCCUUGUGGGAGGCUGUGCAGUUACGGAGGGUUUUGUUUUGUUCUGUUUUUUUCCUUUUAAUAGUCUCUUCUGAGUUUUAAGGCUCUGCAUUAUUUCAGAAGCCCUAAUAGGUAAUGUAAUGCUAUCAGGAAAUGGAUGGGUGGGUAAAUGUGACAUGGAUGUCUAAAUAGCCAAAUAAAACGAGGGGUUUUCGCGUAGUGUUGUAUUCAUAUGUUUGAGGGUACCCUCUGCAAUCAGUUUGCAUUGAAGGGGUUCUGUGUUUUUUAAACUUCUAAUGCUCAUAAGUGGAGUGUUUAGGUGAACAUUAUACAGCUUUAAAAACAUAUAUGGAGCUAGUAACCCAUUACUUCAGGAGGCUGUAUUUAUUUUAUUUGGGGAUCUCCAUGAAAGCUUGGCUACACGUGUAGUUUUUCUAAUUUGGCACUUCUGAAAUCCAAUCAUGCUCAGUUCAAAUACUUGAAACUUCAAUGCUGUGGAUUCUUCAGCUGAUAGAGACUUGUUUGACAAGUAAAAUAUAAACAACACACUGGAGCGUGGAGAAGUGGUUUCCCAACACAUAGCAUGUCUUUUGGUAUGCAAGGUUUUUGUUUUUUAGAAGUAGCCAUUCAUCACUAUACAUUGCUAAUCAGGUUUACACACUUGUAAAUCACUUAAAUUAAGGACUUGAGCAAUUUUUUUUUUAUUAUUUUUGAAUGAUGCAUAUUAUGUCCUCAUGCUAUCAAUUUAAGAGUAAAUUAAUUGCAGUAAGAGAGUUAUAAAGAACAACUUUGGCUGUUGUGGUUGUAACCAGUGCAGCAUUUUUAGCUCUAUGGGUGACAUUUUUGGCAAUAAAACUAAGUCAUAAUGAAGUAAAGAUGGAGUUAAACUUAGGAGAGCACAUGUUGUUUCUCCCCCAAACACCCAUUAUAUUAAAAUGAUG